AUGAAAGCCUCUACACUUCUGAUGCUGUUUGCAUCUGCAAUUAGCAAAAUCAACUCUUCUGCUACCUCGCCCCAUGGCGGACAUGCUACUCCGAGUCUUCUGAUCUUCUCCAAGACAGAAGGUUGGAGACACGACAGCAUCCCCAGCGGCAUCAAACUUGUCACAUCCAUCGCGAGACAGAAAGGGUGGUCCGUCGCGGCCACCGAGGACUCGUCUGUUUUCACCGCACAGGGUCUGGCGAACUACACAACCCUGGUCUUCCUCCAGACGACCGGGAACUUUAUGCAACGCAACGAGACCGACGCUCUCUACUCGUUCUUGCAGAACGGCGGCACUUGGCUGGGCGUCCACGCAGCUGGCGACUAUGGAGAUCUGAUGCCGAAAUGGUACGGCGAACUUGUUGGGGCCCAGUUUGCCUACCACCCCUGCGUAACUGAUGAACUAUGCUCCGACAAGCAGCGCGAACUCUACCCUCCGGACGGAGCCGAGCGACCCGACACCGUCAACCUGACAGACACAACCCACCCCUCCACGCGCCACCUCCCCCCCUCCCACCGCCGCACCGACGAGUGGUACACGUACAAGACGAACCCCAGUCUGAACGGCAGCGCCUACACCGUGCUCGCCGAGCUGAGCGAGGAGUACAUCGACCAGUACACGCCGGCCGUCAUCCGCAUGCACCCGAACCACCCGAUCGCCUGGUACCACCUGUUCGAGGGCCGGGCCCGCGCCUUCUACACCGGCAUGGGCCACACGAACGCGAGCUACGCCGAGGACUACUUCGUCCGCCAUCUGACCGGCGCCCUGGAGUGGGUUGCUGGCGUCGACGUCGACGUCGACAACGAGGGGCACUGA